AUGAACAAAGAGACUGUUAAGAUGUUUUUCUCCAAUAUCAAGGCAAAGCUGGAAAAUCUCCCACCUAGCAACAUGAUCAACUAUGAUGAAACCAACAUGUCAGAUGAUCCAGGCAAGCAACAGAUAAUUACGAAACGAGGGAGUAAGCAUGCUGAAAAAGUGAUUGACUCAUCAAAAUCUAGUGUCUCAAUAAUGAUGGCAGCUAGUGCUGAUGGUGAACUGCUUCCACCAUACUUCCUUCACAAAUCAGAGCAUUUGUGGGACACGUGGCAAGAAGGUGGACCACAAGGAAUCUGUUUCAAUAGGAACAAAAGUGGAUGGUUUGACCUGCCAGUAUUUGAAGACUGGUUCUUUACAAUCACUUUGCCCUAUUUGAAGAGGCAAAAUGGGCCAACAGUCAUGACUGGAGACAACUUAUCCAGUCAUGUGUCUUUACAUGUUAUUGAAGAGUCAGCCCUAACAUGGGAUGCAGACACCAAUCAACCACCACCCAGCCCGGGAACAGACAUGUUUGGAUUUUGA